AUGUACCCCUCUGCCAACGAUAGCACCCAGUCUACAUCUCCCCGCACAAAAAGUACCGACCCUAAUGCAACUCAGCAAAUUGGGGUUUCCGAGAUAGAGCAAGAAAUCGCAAUGGUUACAUUCCAAGGCGCGAAAGUCCUUGAAAUAGUGGAAGCUGCUAAACGUAGCCAUAUGAAGUCUGCUAGACAGACAAGCUCUACUCGUGCUGUGGCUUUAGUCGCUAAUGUGUCGGCAAAUUCUAAUAAGGACAGUAAGGUUAACUCUAAUGAGGCAAAUUCAGUUACAUACCCAAACGGAGACCCAGACCCUGACUCUGACGCAGACACAGGCCUCGAAAUGGUCAACAUUCCUUCUCCUCAUCGUCUGCCCAACCAAACCUGGAAUUUCUCAGCUCUCGAUUCCGCAAUCGCAGAAUGUAAUCGAGAAGAUGACGGGCCAAACAUCUCAACUCCUCUGACAAAAACCGACUUCAUAUCUUUGGCCAUUAGAACUCUCACCGAUGGUAGCGUCAGACAUCAAGGCGAAAAUAGACACAGAAAGCGAGACAUAUCGACUAGGGCUGCGGGUCAAGCUGCUUUCUAUACGAAAGCUUCCCGAGUCACUCGAUCACAGUCAGGUGCGAACAGAUAUCAAGUUUCGCUUCCUCGGAACGUUUACGAGAAACGUAAAGAGCGAGAUGUAGCCUAUAAGCGAGUCAUGGGAGUGGCAAAGAUAUUGAAGCGCUAA